GUGCGGCCGCCGCGGCGGGAGUUCUCGAGCCUGCUCCGUUCGGAGACUGUCCCCGGCACGACUCUCGCCCGGCCGCGCGGCGGAGGGCCGGCGCGCGCGCACGCACACACGCGUCCGCGCCCCGCCUCUGCGCGCUGUCGCGUCCCUCGACCCCGCGUCGCGCGCUUCGGGCUGCUGAGGGUGGCAUGCGGGACUACGACGAGGUGACCGCCUUCCUGGGCGAGUGGGGGCCCUUCCAGCGCCUCAUCUUCUUUCUGCUCAGCGCCAGCAUCAUCCCCAACGGCUUCAACGGUAUGUCAGCCGUGUUCCUGACGGCCACCCCGGAGCACCGCUGCCGGGUGCCGGACACCGCGAACCUGAGCAGCGCCUGGCGCAACCACAGUGUCCCGCUGAGAAUGCAGGACGGCCGCGAGGUGCCUCACAACUGCCGGCGCUACCGGCUCGCGGCGAUCGCCAACUUCUCGGCGCUCGGGCUGGAGCCGGGGCGCGACGUGGACCUGGAGCGGCUGGAGCAGGAGAGCUGCCUGGAUGGCUGGGAGUUCAGCCAGGACGUCUACCUGUCCACCAUCGUGACCGAGUGGAACCUGGUGUGUGAGGACGACUGGAAGACCCCACUCACGGUCUCCUUGUUUUUCGGGGGUGUGCUGGUGGGCUCCUUCAUUUCGGGGCAGCUCUCAGACAGGUUUGGUCGUAAGAACGUGCUGUUUGUGACCAUGGCCAUGCAGACAGGCUUCAGCUUCCUGCAGAUCUUCUCCAAGAACUUCGAGAUGUUUGCCGUGCUGUUUGUCCUUGUAGGCAUGGGCCAGAUCUCCAACUAUGUGGCAGCGUUUGUGCUGGGAACAGAAAUUCUUGGCAAGUCAGUUCGUAUUAUAUUCUCCACGUUAGGAGUGUGCAUAUUUUAUGCAGUUGGCUACAUGCUGCUGCCACUGUUUGCUUACUUCAUCAGAGACUGGCGGAUGCUGCUGCUGGCGCUGACAUUGCCCGGGCUGCUGUGCGCAGCGCUCUGGUGGUUCAUCCCUGAGUCCCCACGAUGGCUCAUCUCUCAGGGAAGAUUUAAAGAGGCAGAGGUGAUCAUCCAUAGGGCUGCCAAAAUCAAUGGGAUUGUUGCACCUUCGGCCAUCUUUGAGCCAAGUGAGCUACAAGACCUGAGUUCCCAGGAGCAGCAGUCCCACAGCAUUCUGGAUCUGCUCCGAACCCGGAAUAUCCGAACGGUCACCAUCAUGUCCAUAAUUCUGUGGAUGACCAUAGCAGUGGGCUAUUUCGGGCUCUCCCUUGACACUCCUAACCUGCACGGCGACGUCUAUGUGAACUGCUUCCUAUCGGCAGUGGUUGAAGUCCCGGCGUACGUGCUGGCCUGGCUGCUGCUGCAGCACCUGCCCAGGCGCUAUUCCAUGGCCACUGCCCUCUUCCUGGGCGGCAGUGUUCUCCUCUUCGUGCAGCUGGUGCCCCCAGACUUGUAUUAUGUGUCCACCGUCCUGGUGAUGGUGGGCAAGUUUGGAGUCACUGCCGCCUUCUCCAUGGUCUACGUGUACACAGCCGAGCUGUAUCCCACGGUGGUCAGAAAUAUGGGUGUGGGAGUCAGCUCCAUGGCGUCCCGCCUGGGCAGCAUCCUGUCUCCCUACUUCAUUUACCUUGGUGCCUACGAUCGCUUCCUGCCCUAUAUUCUCAUGGGAAGUCUGACCAUCCUGACAGCCAUCCUCACCUUGUUCCUCCCAGAGAGCUUCGGCAUCCCCCUCCCAGACACCAUUGACCAGAUGCUAAGGGUCAAAGGAAUAAAAUACAGGCAAACUCCAAGCCACACAAGGAUGUUAAAAGAUGGUGAAGAAAGCCCCACAGUCCUUAAAAGCACAGCCUUCUAACAAUCUCCAGGGAGUGAAAAGUGAAGAGGAAAGACUGGGUCUUGUCAGAAACAGUUUGCGUAGACACUGAGUCCUUCACUGACAAAGGUCUUUGCUGUUCAUUCUUUGACCCUUUGACUUGCUCGUGGAUGGGCACCUGGACCCAGAGCCUGCAUGUGGUCCUAGAGCGCCACCUUCCCUCCAGCGACACUGUGACUACUGACAAACAUCUUUAGAGAAGUCCUAAUACUGUGACAGAUCGGGCACUUCUAAGAAGUGAACUAGAACCAGUGGGAUUUUUAAGAGUCUGAGUGAUAUCUGCUAAAUUUACAUAUUAAUUUCAGACUUCCUGAAAAGGCUUCCUGAUAAAACUGGAGGUCUAAAUCCCUCCCCCUAAAUCUUUUCUCCCUUUUCUUCUAACAGGUGCACUUUAGGGGAAAAAGAAAUAAUUUCACAGAGAGUUUGAUUUCUCACACUUCCUCAGUUACAAAGGUUAUUAACUGGGAUUGUUGCUUCCCCUGGGCAGGAGAGUGUGUGGAGAAACCUACAGGUAAUUAACGUGGAGGGGACUGAGCAGGUACAGAACACAUCCAGUGCAUUGACUUGUGAGCUGUUGGACCAUUCAGUGUGAUUGCUGGGUAGACUUGUUUACAUCUGAUCAAGGCACUGGGCUUGUCCAAGCCCAUAAUGAAUGCAUCAUGAACCUACUAUUCUUGUUUUCAUGCCAUUUGAAUCAAACCUCCUGGCUAUUAUGAUUUCCGUGUUUGAUUUAAAGGAAGUGUAUCAGUGAGAAAGCUAUUAACAGACUUGUCUUUCUCAAAACUAUAAUGUAGAUUUUGUUUGUGUGUUAUUUGUUGUUUAUUUGUUAUCAUGUCUUUUUCUUCUUAAGUUAUUUGCCCUCCGGAAUAGACUUAAGAAAGACUGGUUCCUUAGCCUCCUGAUUUGUGUCUUUUUAUCCAACCCAGGAUCACUCUGGCAUUGGCUGCAGCUGCCACUUGUGCAAGGCCUUGCCAGCCGUAGCCCCCAGCACUUCUCCGAGUGCCCAAACUGACGUUUGUGUGGGUUCCUUUCGUGGUGCCGAACCAUGGGGGAAAAUUACAAAGAAGAAAGUUAAAUCAUGUUCACAGUCUUUCAGAGUUGCUCACUUCAGUCAUGUGACAUUGGGAGACACUUUGUGUUCAGUGUAAUCGUCUUUUCGGAUUGUUACCAUGGUAUUCCUGCAGCAUAUACUUCACCUGGUUAAAAAAAAAACACACAUUUUGG